AUGGCGGACAGAUUCUGGCGGCAGUGGGUGCGAGAUUAUCUUCCUAGUAUCACUCGUCGUACAAAGUGGUUUACUCCAGCUAAACCGAUAACCGUUAAUGACAUCGUACUGAUCGUCGACCCGAAACUGCCAAGAAAUUGCUGGCCCAAGGGCAGGGUCAUCGCAGCGCAUCAAGGAAACGAUGGGCAGCGGCUGCUGGUGCUUUGCCUAGCGCUAGCAACGCUCAGUGGAGCGGAAAUAACCACCCGACUUGGCCCUAAUGGUUACGAAUAUCCGAGACCAGAUGUUCCUUUCCCACCAAUCGAUAAACCAUCGCCACCAGCUACACCAAGACCCUGUCCAUUUGGCGGCGUCCCUCCGUACUGCUGCACUAAUGGUGGACAAGGACCAAACUGCGUAGUGCCAACACCGCCACCAGCUUGUCCUGCAGGAGGUGAGCCACCUUACUGUUGCACCAACGGAGGACAGGGCCCUAAUUGUGUAGUUCCAUCCCCGACAUGUCCAUACGGAGGGGUACUACCAUAUUGCUGUACAAAUGGAGGUCAAGGUCCUAACUGUAUAGUCCCAGCACCGCCCUCUCCGCCUCCUACACGGCCACCUCCUCCUCCACCAACACCGUGUCCAUACGGUGGAGUACCACCUCACUGCUGCACCAAUGGUGGACAGGGACCCAACUGUGUGGUUCCAGCACCACCAUCCCCACCUCCUACUCGGCCACCACCACCACCUCCACCGAGACCGUGUCCAUACGGUGGAGUACCACCUCACUGCUGCACUAAUGGUGGACAGGGACCCAACUGUGUGGUUCCAGCACCACCAUCCCCACCUCCUACUCGGCCACCACCACCACCUCCACCGAGACCGUGUCCAUACGGUGGAGUACCACCUCACUGCUGCACCAAUGGUGGACAGGGACCCAACUGUGUGGUUCCAGCACCACCAUCCCCACCUCCUACUCGGCCACCACCACCACCUCCACCGAGACCGUGUCCAUACGGUGGAGUACCACCUCACUGCUGCACUAAUGGUGGACAGGGACCCAACUGUGUGGUUCCAGCACCACCAUCCCCACCUCCUACUCGGCCACCACCACCACCUCCACCGAGACCGUGUCCAUACGGUGGAGUACCACCUCACUGCUGCACCAAUGGUGGACAGGGACCCAACUGUGUGGUUCCAGCACCACCAUCCCCACCUCCUACUCGGCCACCACCACCACCUCCACCGAGACCGUGUCCAUACGGUGGAGUACCACCUCACUGCUGCACCAAUGGUGGACAGGGACCCAACUGUGUGGUUCCAGUGCCACCAUCCCCGCCUCCUACUCGUCCACCACCUCCACCGCAACCGUGUCCAUACGGUGGAGUUCCACCAUAUUGCUGUACAAACGGAGGACAGGGACCGAACUGCGCAGUGCCAACAAAACCACCAGUAACACCUAGACCAUGCCCUGAUGGAGGAGAACCACCAUAUUGUUGUACGAAUGGAGGAACAGGACCCAACUGUUAUGUUCCAUCACCUCCAGCCCCGCCACCAACGCGACCUCCAUUACCUCCUCCAACAGGAAGUGAUAACGAAUAUCUUCCACCAUGCAAUAACGGAGGUACAGGACCAAAUUGUGCGACGACAGGUAGACCUACAUAUCCAACGCCAAGGCCACCGACUCCCACACAGCCACCUAGACCACCAACAACGCCUGCUGGAUGCCUAUUCGGAGGCGUCCCACCAUACUGCUGCACCAACGGAGGAUCAGGGCCAAACUGUGCAGUUCCAACGAGACCUCCACCUCCAAGACCGCCAACGACACCUACCGGAUGCCCAUUCGGAGGUGUUCCACCACAUUGUUGCACUAAUGGAGGAUCGGGGCCAAAUUGUGUAGUUCCAACGAGACCUCCACCUCCAAGACCGCCAACGACACCUGCUGGAUGCCAAUUCGGAGGUGUCCCACCAUACUGCUGCACUAAUGGAGGAUCAGGGCCAAACUGUGCGGUUCCAACGAGACCUCCACCUCCAAGACCGCCAACGACACCUGCUGGAUGCCCAUUCGGAGGUGUUCCACCACAUUGUUGCACUAAUGGAGGAUCAGGGCCAAACUGUGCGGUGCCAACGAGACCUCCACCUCCAAGACCACCAACGACACCUGCUGGAUGCCCAUUCGGAGGUAUCCCACCAUACUGCUGCACCAAUGGAGGAUCAGGGCCAAACUGUGCAGUUCCAACGAGACCUCCACCUCCAAGACCGCCAACAACACCUACCGGAUGCCCAUUCGGAGGUGUUCCACCACAUUGUUGCACUAAUGGAGGAUCGGGGCCAAAUUGUGUAGUUCCAACGAGACCUCCACCUCCAAGACCGCCAACGACACCUACCGGAUGCCCAUUCGGAGGUGUUCCACCACAUUGUUGCACUAACGGAGGAUCAGGGCCAAACUGUGUAGUUCCAACGAGACCUCCACCUCCAAGACCGCCAACGACACCUGCUGGAUGCCAAUUCGGAGGUGUCCCACCAUACUGCUGCACUAAUGGAGGAUCAGGGCCAAACUGUGCAGUUCCAACGAGACCUCCACCUCCAAGACCGCCAACGACACCUACCGGAUGCCCAUUCGGAGGUGUUCCACCACAUUGUUGCACUAACGGAGGAUCAGGGCCAAACUGUGUAGUUCCAACGAGACCUCCACCUCCAAGACCGCCAACGACACCUGCUGGAUGCCAAUUCGGAGGUGUCCCACCAUACUGCUGCACUAAUGGAGGAUCAGGGCCAAAUUGUGCAGUACCGACUCGACCACCCACAAUCGACAAUAAUGAAUAUCUACCACCAUGUACAAAUGGUGGAGUAGGACCAUCAUGCCAACAGCCACGUCCCCCAUCUCCUACUCCAGGACCGACGCGACCUCCAACACCAGUAGGCUGUCCCAACGGCGGAGUUCCCCCGUAUUGUUGCACAAAUGGUGGACAAGGUCCUAAUUGUGUUGUCCCUAGACCACCCCCACCGCGCCCACCUCCAACUCAGCCUCCUCGCCCGACACCUGCAGGUUGUCCAUACGGUGGUUUUCCACCCCACUGCUGUACAAAUGGUGGACAAGGUCCUAACUGCGUUGUUCCAACACUACCACCCCCUCGACCUACUCCAACACGACCUGGUUGCCCACCAGGUGGAGUUCCACCAUACUGUUGCACUAACGGCGGACAAGGCCCUCUUUGCAUUGGUCCAACAUCGCCUAUCCCAAUCCCUCCUGCUCCCAGACCUCCAGUACCAACACAAUCUCCAUGCCCGCGUGGAGGUGUUCCUCCAUAUUGCUGCACUAAUGGCGGACAGGGUCCAAAUUGCGUUGUUCCCGGUUCACCUACUCCAUAUCCUCCUGCUACUCGACCUCCUGUACCAACGCAACCAAGCUGCACCAACGGUGGACAGGGACCAAACUGCCAACUACCGCCAUCGCACACACUAGACCAGGAUGGAUACCACUACAAAACGCCCAGUAAACCGUUCACUUUCUAA